AUGGCUCCAUCCAAGCCAAAUGAUCCAUCUCCUGCUGAUCUGGAGAAGAAACUGUCAAGUUCAAUAGAGCAGAUUGAAAAGAUGGUUACGCGUCAUAUGAAGGAAACUCCAAAGGCUGCUCAGCCGUCCAAGAUUUACUUGGCUGUGGUUGUGCUCAUCAUAUUCUAG